CAUACGCACGGUACUGGAGACUGAGGGGCAUCCCAGCAUACACACUGACUACUACCGGACCCGUCAGCACGUCCCAGCACGUCCACGCCACCACAAGCCAAACAUCCAGGAUCGUCUAACAGCGCGAGAGGAGAAACACUCUUUUUUUUUUUCUUCGUUUGGUGUGUGAUUUUGUUUCUCGCCGGGUUUUUGAACUGUGGAUACGCUGCCAUGUUAAAGUGCACUGAAUUAUUUAUAGGCGUGCGUGUCUUGUUAUGUGACAGCUCUGCCCUAAAAGUAUUUUAUUAGACGCCGCUUCUACCAGUGACUGGCACACGACGCUCUUCUCGGCCGAUGCGUCACUUUCAAGAGCACCGGGAAAACCAAACUGGCUCCGCUCUCCUCGCCUGAGCCGAUCCGCAGCUUCCUGUGUUGAAAGCUACAUCUUAGUUGAUUUUUUGCCUCGGAUCCAUUAAAGGACUGGUUUAUUUGUUCCCACUUUUUGGCUUUUCCACCAGAGAGGACGCGUGGUGGUCACCCCCUUCCCCUUUUUCCCCCUUUUCUUUUGGACGCUGAGCUUAUUUUUUUACGCAUGCAGGGAGAAAUCUGUGGUGACACCUGAUCGACUGGCAUCUCCGCGCGUAUUGACUCGGGAGCUCCAGGCAAAUCGGGGAGGGAGAAAGCAGAUACUCUGUCAAUGCUCGUCCUGUGUUGUUGAUUUUGUUUGUGCGUGCGCUUCGUUUGUGGGGGUCACAGCCCAGCAAAAGCCAUGGUCCACUGCGCCGGCUGCGAGAGGCCUAUCCUGGACCGCUUUUUGCUCAACGUGCUGGACAGAGCCUGGCACGUCAAGUGCGUGCAGUGCUGCGAGUGCAAAUGUAAUUUGACAGAGAAAUGUUUUUCUCGAGAAGGGAGACUGUACUGCAAAAACGAUUUCUUUAGGCGGUUCGGCACCAAGUGUGGCGGUUGCUCACAAGGCAUCUCUCCGAACGAUCUGGUUCGGAGGGCCCGGAGCAAAGUGUUUCACCUCAACUGUUUCACCUGCAUGAUGUGCAAUAAGCAGCUCUCCACCGGAGAGGAGCUCUACAUCAUAGACGAGAACAAAUUCGUUUGCAAAGACGAUUACCUAAGCAACGCCAGUGUAAAAGACACCAACCUCCUCUCAGUAACGGCAUGCAGCGACCCGAGUUUAUCGCCGGACUCUCAAGACCAGCUACAGGACGACGUGGUCCUAAAGGACACGGAGAUAGCCGCUCUGUCCGACAAGGAGACGGUCAACAACGAGAACGACGACCAGAACCUGGGCGGGAAGCGGCGCGGUCCCCGGACCACCAUCAAGGCCAAGCAGCUGGAGACGCUGAAGGCGGCGUUCGCUGCCACCCCAAAACCCACCAGACACAUCAGGGAGCAGUUGGCCCAGGAGACCGGCCUCAACAUGCGGGUCAUCCAGGUCUGGUUCCAGAACCGACGUUCCAAAGAGAGGCGCAUGAAGCAGCUGAGCGCGCUGGGCGCCCGGAGGCACGCGUUCUUCCGGAGCCCGAGGCGGAUGAGGACGCUGGUGGACCGGCUGGAGCCCGGGGAGCUCAUUCCAAACGGGCCCUUCUCCUACUACGGAGAUUAUCAAAGCGAGUACUACGGCCCGGGAGCAAACUACGACUUCUUCCCUCAAGGGCCUCCGUCGUCGCAGGCCCAGACCCCAGUCGAUCUGCCCUUUGUGCCCUCAUCGGGGCCCACGGGCACCCCCCUCGGAGGUAUGGACCACCCCCUGCCGGGCCACCACCCCUCUAGCGAGGUGCAGCGCUUCUCCGAUAUCAUGUCCCACCACCCGGGGGACUCUCCUAGCCCAGAGCCCGGCAUCCCGGGGCCUCUGCACAGCAUCUCCUCUGAGGUGUUCGGCCCAAGUCCGCCCUUUACCUCACUGUCGCUGAACGGCAGCGGAUACAACAACCACCUGUCCCACCCGCCUUCGGAAAUGAACGAGGGCACUGUGUGGUAGCUUUUUGAGAAAGUGGACUCUACCGGCCAGAGUUUUGGCGUUGGAGCGCGGUGAGGUUUGGUGGUGUUUGGGGGGCAGGGGUCAAGAGCAAGGACACGGAUAUCGACAGGGUUAGGGCAAUGCCAUUGAAUCUGUUUCUUUAUUGUGGGGGCGGAGGGGGUGUUUUGAUAUUUAUUUAUUUAUUUAUUUUCUCAUUAAAUUUGUUGAUCUCUUUUUUUUUUUUUUGUCGGGAAAGCGUAUUCAGCAUAAUAAUUAUGCUUAAAAACAUUGUCUUCAGUAUUGUAUUUGGGUGUUUCAAUUGCUUCUUUCACCCACCCAAUAACUGGACUUAUGAAAGAGAAAAAAAAUGGGUGAGACUGCUGAACCCCCCUCCCCCCCCUCCUAUCUACCCUCUUUCUUUGGACCCAUGGGGCACCCUGUCAUCUCUCCUGAUUCCUGUCAACGUCCUGGCAUAGCGACAGAACCCUCCAACGCUCACUGGCGGGACAAAAAAAACAACCCUUAUCGAAAUCUCCUAUAGUAUGUCCCGAACAUGAAAACAUCAUUAGCUACUGUCAAAGACUUCAAUAGCUUUACAGAAAGAGAAUAAAGUGGCCAAAGGUUGGUGGUGUGCUGACCUGGCACUGCACGAAAGGCUGAGCGGCGUUCAGACUAUGUUCGAGGCACUAGACGUGUCCCUUGUAUUUAUUCAGAAGCUCCUCAGACCUCUUUGCCUCUCAAGGCUCUGCCAUAUUGACACUUAACCUUUUUCACACUGUUUCUGGAGGCCAGAAGAAAUGACAGUUUCUUCCUCUGCCUGGACUAUUUGUUUCUUCUUCUUUCUUUUUUUUUCCUUUCUUUUCUUGGUUUUAGAGUUUCCACCAAAUCUGAAGAACGCUGCCUUCAAAAGGCGAAACCCGUAAAAACCCUCUAUGGAUUGCAAACCCUUUAUUUAAAACGGAAGUGAACUUGAAAUGUUGAAAUGAAGUCUACCUUCUAAAAAUCUUCUACCGGGGUUCUAAAUGGGACUUAGAGCAGUCAAUUGUUUACGUAAUCUAUUUCAUUCAGGAGUCCAGAAGUCUCGAAAAACCAUGUUUUAGAACCUCUCGAUCCGUAUAAAAAUGUUCCAAGCAACCAACCAAACUUUUGUAUUGAUUUCAUUUAUAUUGUAUGGAGAUAAAAACACAUUUGCUGGGGUUGUGGUUCACUGUGCUAGUUUGUACAAGAUGUUGUUUACAAAAAAAAGUUAAAAAAAUAAAUAAAUAAAAAAUAAAAACACAAGUAAAGUAGACAUUUGCCAAAUUAAAAAAAAAAUAAAAAAAAUAGCACAAAUACUGUUAAAGUGCUUUGCACCAUCAUCGCAGAAUGUGUUGAGACAAAAUGUAAGUGUUAAAAGGAGUAAUUGACUUCUUAAUUUUUUUAGUUUGCUGACAAUACAUUCAUAAAAUUGUUAAUAUAACAUACUUAGACAGGUUUUAUUUUUGUGUCUUCAAAGCAGAAAAUUCCAAACUAUUAAAAACUGAUGGUCAAAAACGCAGCUGUUAGCUGCUACAUCUCUUUGAAUAUCAAGCCCUCAUGAUAUGUCUUUUAUUGUUCCAAUAAACCUAAGCUUAUGUGACCUCCAGUGCAUAUUAGACCAUUCACUGUAUAAAUACAACAUGUUGACAAAAAUGUGUUUCUAAUAAAACUAGAAAAUAUACAUUUUAAACAUA